AUGCCCCCAGUAGGGCCACGCGCAUCCAAAGAGGAGUUUAUGGCCGCUCUCGGCCUUAAUUCCCACGAUCCUCAGCACGAGCAAUACUAUCGGGCAAUGCGAGACGAAACAAUAUUAAUAUACAACCUUCUCAACACUUCCCCCUCCAAUCUCCUCGACACUCUGACCAAUACAUCUGACAAGCCGAAGCCACCUUACUUCUGGCACCACAUUAAACCUGAGCGCCAGCAAUGGGCCAUACGGGAGAUUGCGCGCAAUGCGACACCACGCACGAAGGCGCUGUUUGCCUCAGGUGAGACGAGCGGCGAGUACGGACCGAAUUGGGUGGCUGGGUGGCUGCUAUACAGUGUGUUUCGAAGUCGGGACGUCAGGAAUAAUCGAAAUAGAAGAAGAGGUGAGGAUAAUUCAGGCGGGCAGAGUGGAAAUCAGAGUCAGGCCGGCGGGCAGGCAAGGGCGUCUGACACGGGUCAGGGGCAGGUGAAGAAGGAGUACUAUGAUCCUGUGAGGAAUGGCCUCCCAGAAAGAAACGUCAAAAGAGAAUGGAUUGACGAUGCUUCAAUAUGUGUGGAGUAG